AUGCCUGACGGCAACAUCGUGGACUUUUUCAAUCGAGACAAGCGAGCUCAUAAGGCUCCCGAUGCCGAUGGCAAAUUGGCCCAACCGAGUAAGAAGGCCAAGCGCGAUACCAAAGAGAAGGCAGUAAAGCCGCCAAGCAAGACAUCUUCCCCUAAAAAAUCCGCAGCGUCCAAAAAGGUAGUUGAGUUUGCUGAUUUGGUGCUCAGCGAUGAUGACGAUGACGACGACAUUGUGAUACCUGAACGCGUCGUUAAGAGGGAGUCUGCAACCAAGAAACCACCUUCAAAUACGGGCGCCAAAGUCCAAGGAUCGAAGGCUGCCUCUGCUGAGGAGAUUCUGGCCUCAAUUCCUGAUGCAGAACUUCCAGAUACUUCUGAUGCCAAGCCUUUCAACUACAAUGCGUUCAAGAAGAACGCUGGCCCCGAGCCCACUGGCGGCGAUGUUGAGAUUCCUGACGCGGCUGAAAAUUGUUUGGCAGGCAUGACGUUUGUGUUCACUGGAAUCAUGCCCACUCUACCUCGAGAUCAGGCCCAGGACGUUGUGAAGCGCUACGGCGGGAAAUGCACGACUGCUCCUUCUAAACGCACCACUUGUGUUGUUUUGGGCCAUGAUGCCGGCCCAAAAAAGAUCUCCACGAUCAAACAGCUCGGUAUCAAGGCAAUAGAUCAAGAAGGCUUCCUGGAUCUCCUUCGUCAGAUGCCUGCUAAUGGUGGUUCCAGCGAACAGGCCAAAGCCCAGCAGGUCAGAAGGGCUAAAGAAGAAGCCAAAAUUGCUAAAGCAGCUCAGCAAUUGCAGAGUGAAACCAAGCCUGUCGUUGAAAGCUCUUCACAAGGUGGAGAAAUUGGUCAUAGCAAAAUUGACGACACGGAUCCAUCCCAACAGCUUUGGACGACUAGAUACGCUCCCAAACAAAUGUCCGAUGUUUGCGGCAAUGGUACUAUCGUCAAAAGACUUGCAAAUUGGCUCGAGAGCUGGCGAAAAAAUUACAAGCUUGGAUUUCCUCCUGGCGAUAAUUCGGGCUCAGAGUUCAGGGCGGCGAUGCUGUAUGGCCCACCCGGUGUGGGUAAAACUACAGCCGCAAAUCUAGUUGCUCGCAUGCAAGGAUUCGAUGUUAUUGAAUAUAAUGCAAGUGAUACUCGCUCGAAAUCGCUGCUCCAGUCGCACGUAUCUCAAACGCUGAAAAACACAUCUUUGGCUGGGUAUUUUGGAUCAAAUGCCAAGGACCAAGGCAAACCACUGUGUAUCAUUAUGGAUGAGGUCGAUGGAAUGUCUUCCGGUGAUCGCGGCGGUGUGGGCGCAAUGGCAGCGUUUGCGAAGAGCACUUCGGUCCCUCUCAUCUUGAUUUGCAACGAACGCCGUUUGCCAAAAAUGAGGCCUUUUGAUAAAGUGGUAUACGAUUUGCAGUUCCGAAGGCCUGACGCUGGCUCCAUUCGUAGCCGAAUUUUAACAAUCGCCCAAGUCGAGGGUCUAAAAAUCGACUCCAACACUGUUGAUCGACUGGUGGAGUCAACGGGCUCGGAUAUUCGACAAAUCCUGACUCUGCUGUCUACGUAUGCACGCACCAACAACUCUAUGUCCUUCACUGAAGGAAAAGAGUUUGCCAAAAGCUGGGAUAAGGAGGUUAUUCUCAAGCCGUUUGAUAUUGUUGCCAAGUAUUUGGGCGGCGGAAUGUGGGGUCCAGCAAGUGGCAUGAACAUGAACGAUAGAAUGAACUUAUACUUCAAUGAUUACGAUUUUUCGCCGCUAUUUGUUGCUGAAAAUUACCUGCUCGCCCGCUCCAAUCGUAAACCACGGGGGUCCACCGAUCUUGAAAUGGCCUGCAAAGCUGCAGAUGCUAUUUCCGAGUCAGAUCUGGUAGACAAGAUGAUUCAUGGAACACAGCAGCAGUGGUCACUUAUGCCCGAGCACGCUGUUAUGUCUUGUGUUAUUCCUAGCUAUUACGUUGCCGGAAAUAUUACUGGCCGCAUCAACUUCCCAGCAUACCUGGGACAGAAUUCAAAACGAGGAAAGUACAAGCGCGUGCUGGCGGAAAUCCAAGCUCAUAUUCGCUUGCAUGCCUGGGUUGCUGCACAAGAAAUCCGUUUAGAGCUCCAACCGGCCUUUGUUGAUAAACUCUUGGACCCCAUCUUGGUAAAAGGAGCUGAUGCCCUUGAGACAGUCAUGGCGGUUAUGGACGACUACUUCAUUACCAAGGAAGAUUUUGAUAACCUCAUUGAGCUUGGCGUUGGACCAAACAACCCUGAGAUGCGGUAUAAAAAGGUCCCCACAGCAGUUAAAACGGCAUUCACUCGCAAGUACAACGCCAGCUCACACCCCGUGCCUUUCAUGCGCACUGAAGAGGUAAAGUCGGCUGCAAAGAAAGCAACUGUGCCUGAUGUUGAGGGCAUUGUGGCCGACGAUAUGGAGCCGGAGCCGGAACCAGAGAAAGAGGAUACACUAGAAGAGAGCCUCGGGAAGAACAAAUAUAUUAAGGUGCCCAAGGGUAAGCCAAAAGCCAAAGCCAAACCAAAGGCUAAAGCGGCUCCCAAAAAGGCCAAAAAAUAG